GCACAUGCGCAGAGGUCCUGUUCGCGCUUGACCUGUCCCUGAAGCGUUAGAGACCACCUAGCCAGAGCUAGCUGGUUCCCUCUGCCAGCCUGGAGGAAGAUUGAGGCCUUGACCCCUCGUGAGGGGCACAAGAGAACAUCAUGCAGUUAAGCCAUAUGAGAAGAUGACACUCGCGCAGCUGAAAGAAGCAGAAGAUGAAUUUGAUGAAGAAGACAUAAAGGCUAUUGAAAUAUAUAGAGAAAAGCGGUUACAGGAAUGGAAAGCUCUUAAGAAGAAACAAAAAUUUGGGGAAUUGAAAGAAAUUUCUGGAAAUCAGUAUGUGAAUGAAGUCACAAAUGCAGAGAAAGACCUGUGGGUUAUAAUUCAUCUGUACAGAUCAAGCGUCCCAAUGUGCCUGCUGGUUAACCAGCAUCUGAGUGUCCUAGCAAGAAAGUUCCCAGAAACCAAAUUUGUUAAAGCCAUCGUGAAUAGCUGCAUUGAACACUACCAUGACAACUGCUUACCAACAAUUUUUGUUUAUAAAAAUGGCCAGAUAGAAGGCAAAUUCAUUGGAAUUAUAGAAUGUGGAGGGAUAAAUCUCAAGCUAGAAGAACUUGAAUGGAAACUAUCAGAAGUUGGAGCAAUACAGACUGACUUGGAAGAAAACCCCAAAAAGGGCAUUGCAGAUAUGAUGGUCUCUUCAAUUAGAAACAUUUCCAUUUAUGACAGUGAUAGCUCUGGCAGUGAUGCCGAGGCCAAGUAGAAGUAGUUAAUAAAUAGCUCCACAGUGUACGGAUCGAAUGCUUUAUUUCCUGUUGACUUUAUAAGAUACACAUGGAUUGACCUUAUUUUCAUUCUUAUGUAAGAAUUAUAGCCUACAUGUCAAUUGGAAACUUUUCAGGUGUUUAAGAAUAUUGUCUCAUGCAAAUAUGAAUAUUUACUCCUCAAUAUUUUGUGGCUUAUUUUUUCUGACUCCUGGUGGACAAAACCCAACAAAUACUCUAAGUCCUCUGUGUUGCCUAAUCACUUCCAAAAAGGAAGGAAAUAAAUAUGGCUUCAUAAAUAAAAUGAAGACAUUUUGUAUGUGUGC